GGGGCUGGGGAUGCUGCGGAUGGGCGGACCUGCUAGGCUUGGGCUGUGGCCGGGGGAUGGCGAACGUGCGGGUGGCCGUGAGGGUCCGACCUCUCAGCAAGAGGGAGACCAAAGAAGGGGGAAGAAUUAUCAUGGAAGUUGAUGGCAAAGUGGCAAAAAUCAGAAAUUUAAAGGUGGACAGUCGACCAGAUGGCUUUGGUGACUCCCGGGAGAAGGUGGUGGCAUUUGGCUUUGAUUAUUGCUACUGGUCAGUCAACCCAGAGGACCCCCAGUAUGCAUCUCAGGAUGUGGUGUUCCAAGAUUUGGGAACCGAAGUACUGUCUGGAGCUGCCAAAGGCUACAACAUAUGCCUUUUUGCCUAUGGGCAGACAGGCUCUGGGAAGACAUAUACCAUGCUGGGGACCCCAGCCUCUGUUGGGUUGACGCCACGGAUAUGUGAGGGUCUCUUCAUCAGGGAGGAAGACUAUGCCCCACUGCCUUCCUCUUGUAGGAUAAAAGUAAGUUUUCUGGAAAUCUAUAAUGAACGAGUGCGGGAUCUGCUGAAGCAAUCUGAUCAAAAAAAGUCCUACAGUCUGCGGGUCAGGGAGCACCCAGAGAUGGGGCCCUAUGUACAAGGUUUAUCUCAACAUGUAGUUACCAACUAUAAGCAAGUAAUUCAACUCUUGGAGGAGGGAAUAGCAAACAGAAUCACAGCAGCCACUCAUGUUCAUGAAGCCAGCAGCAGAUCCCAUGCCAUCUUCACUAUCUACUAUACACAGGCAAUCCUGGAGAACAACCUCCCCUCUGAAAUUGCUAGCAAGAUCAACCUUGUGGACCUAGCAGGCAGUGAAAGAGCAGAUCCCAGUUACUGUAAGGACCGGAUUACUGAAGGAGCCAAUAUCAACAAGUCUCUUGUGACUCUGGGAAUUGUCAUCUCCACUUUAGCCCAGAAUUCUCAAGCAUUCAGCAGCUGCCAGAGCCUCAACAGUGCAGCCAGUGAUGGUGGUGACAGUGGGAUCCCUAGCUCUCCUUCUGGGACAAGCAGUGGAGGGGGGCCCUCUCGGAGGCAGUCUUAUAUCCCAUACCGGGACUCCGUGUUGACCUGGCUGCUGAAGGACAGCCUUGGCGGCAACUCCAAAACUAUCAUGGUUGCCACUGUGUCUCCUGCACAUACUAGCUACAGUGAGACCAUGAGCACACUGAGAUAUGCAUCUAAUGCCAAACACAUCGUCAACAAGCCUCGGGUAAAUGAGGAUGCCAAUAUAAAACUGAUCCGAGAACUCAGGGAGGAGAUCAGAAGACUAAAAGCCAUGCUGUUGAGCUUCGAACUGAGAAACUUCAGUUCAUUGAAUGAGGAAAAGGAUGAGAAUCUGAAGGAGCUGGUUCUCCAAAAUGAAUUGAAGAUAGACCAGCUGACUAAAGACUGGACCCGGAAGUGGAAUGAGUGGAAGGCCCUCCUGGAGCAUUACAGAGUGGACAUCAACAGGAGGCGGGCUGGAGUGGUCAUUGACUCCAGUCUGCCACACCUGAUGGCCUUGGAGGAUGAUGUACUCAGCACAGGAGUCGUGCUGUAUCACCUGAAGGAGGGGACAACAAAAAUAGGAAGGAUUGACUCAGAUCAGGAACAGGACAUUGUUCUGCAGGGGCAGUGGAUUGAGAGAGACCACUGCACUAUCACGAGUGCCUGUGGGGUAGUCAUUCUGCGGCCUGCCCAGGGGGCCCGCUGCACAGUCAAUGGCCGGGAGGUCACUGCCUCCUGUCGUCUGACCCAAGGAGCAGUCAUAACGCUGGGGAAGGCACAGAAGUUCCGAUUCAACCACCCAGCAGAGGCCGCUGUCCUGCGGCAGAGAAGGCAGGUCGGAGAGGUUGUCGGUGGCAAUGGCUCUUUGGAAUGGUUGGAUUUGGACGGAGAUGUCACUGCCUCCCGGUUGGGUCUCUGCCCUUUGCUUUGGAAGGAGAGGAAAGUGCUGGAAGAGCAGAGCGACCAGGACCGCCAGCCACUGGGGGCUGGAGUGGCGCCCCACAGGGCCGCCAUUCAGCACCAGCACUACGUGGGGGAUUUGAGGCAGCGGAUCCUAGCAGGACAGAUUAGAGCCAGACAGGAACUGGAGUUCGACCAAGCACACCUCAGCCGGCAAAUUAAAGACAACCAGCAGUGGCUGCUCAUAGAAGAGCCCCGGCUGGCUGGCUUGCAGCAGCAGCAACAGCAACAGCAGCAAGACCACAUCGCAGAGAAAGAACUCGAGGCUUGUGUGCGACCUGGUGCUUGGCUCCAGACAGAUCUUGAGACUCUGCCUCCCCCACUGGUCCGAAGCCAGAAGAGGGAGGUGCGACUGCAGCUUGGGCGCAGGAACUUGCUUCGGGCAGCACAGAGGGACAUCCGGCGAAGAAAAGCCUCCUUCCAGCUAGAGAGAAUCAUCAAGAAGCAGAGGCUGCUGGAGGCCCAGACAGGACUGGAGCAGCCCAAGGCAUUGUGUGGGCUCCAGGAUGACCACACCCAGAAGCCCCCAUACCGGCUCCCUGGUGCUGGUGCGAUGGUCCGAGGAUCUCAACACAGAAGCAGACUGACAGAUUGCCGUUCUCUGAGCCUCCAGAGGCUCUGCAGCCAGUAUUUUCCCAGGCUACACAGUAUUUUCCUGAGUCGAGAUCCCUCCACCAUGGUACCUCCUUUGCCUGAUCCUACUGACCAAAUAUCAGAGACAAUUCCAUCAGAAGAAUAUUUGCCCCAGGCUGCUUCUUACCCUCCAAGGACAGGGCAUUUCAGCAAGAAUGCCCUCUGUUCCUCAGGCAAGGGGCAUCUCUGCAAAGCCAGGGGGGCCUUGGCAAGGAAAGGAGCCUCAGCCUCAGGCACCUGUCUCACUGUGAGUUCUGAGUCUGCCAGCAUCCAGGAAAUGGAGAGCGUGGGUAAGCAGCCCUGUUGGAUGGUGUCCCAGAGCUUAGCAUCUCUUGACCAUUUAGCUAACAAGCUAAAGCCAAAGGAUGAGCCAGAAGCACUCAGCCCUUCCACCUAUACCAGGAGGGGUAGGGGACUAGCAGACUCUGACCACACACGAUCAAGGUGGCGUAAAGAAGGGAACGUUGGGACCCACAAGACUGCUAAGGGAGCCAGAUGCAGUUCCUCACAUCCCUGUGGACCCAGACAGGCAUCUGGGCAUGGAAAGGCAGCCAAGACUUUCUGGGUAGAAUCCAAACCACCUUCUUCAAGCAAGGCAUCAAAAAGGCAGCAGAGGGUUCUGGUAGCUAGGGCCAGAGACAUUGUCAGAAAUUCCUCUUGUUUGCCUCAUGGCAGCUCUUUGAGGAGGCAGCACAGUGCAGGAGACCCAGAUUCCACAUCCUCACUCACUGAUUGCAGCCCAAGAGUGGAUCUUGUAAGAGGGAAAGAUGGUGACUUAUCUGAUGCGGAUAGCAGUUACUCAGUGGAUUCUCUCUCCUAUGUCUAUGCCAAAGCCCAAAUGGAGCCACUGAAGCCAGGGGACCUCCAGGGGAAGGAACAGGAUCUCCCAGAGUCAGAGAACUCUGAAAGUGAUGACAGCCAAAUAUCUGAGGACUCGCUGGCUGAGAAAGGAUAUGAAAGCCCGCCAGACAGUUCAGGGAGCAGUUAUCUCACCAACCACCAUGGCCACCCCAGGGCCAGAGCUAAAGUCCCUGUGAGGGGCUUCACCAUGUCCUCAGACAGUGAACUAUUCACCCAAACUUGCAGGAGCUUUUCCCUGGAUAGCCUGAUUGAUGCCAAGGAGGAACUGGGGGAAGAUCAGCAAGAGCCUUUCUUCAGUUCAGCUGAGGAGAUGCCCGCAGAGACAUUUUGGCACCUGCAGACCUCCAGUCUGCCCAUAGUGGACCAGGAGGCAAUGUGCAGGCUUGGUCCCAUCAACCAUAGAACAGGAACCAGGCUGGAUGCCAUCCUGCCAAUGAGCAGUUCAUUUUACCUUGGCCCCCGACCCCAGCCUCACUGUGAACAACCUGAGUCGGAGAUAGAGGUGAGCUCCUCUGAACAGGCAAACACACUCCAAGGCCUGCAGCUUUCCAGAGGGAGCCCUCUGUUGUCCAUGGAUUCCUGGUUUUCCUGUGACUCUAAGAUCAAUUCCAGCAGCCCUUCAGGAAUAGUGGGUUCCUUAUGUCCGAGUCCUGAUAUCCAGGAAUUUCAACCCCAGGGUCAGGAGCAGCCUGGACAAUGGCAAAAUAUGGAAGAACUCAAGCCAUCAGGGGCAGAAACACUCCUGCCUUAUAACUCCAAAGUACCCCAAGGCGGCACUGAGCUGCCUUGCCAUAUAAGAGGUGUGUACACAAUCCCUGCCUCUGAUACAUCCAGGCUGUCAUUCUGGGGGUCGUAUAGGCUUCUUCAGCCACGAGUUGCUGGCAUCUUUCGAGCCAGAGGUACCCCUGAUACAGCCCAGCAGGGCAACUCGGAAGCAUCCAACACCUCUAGCCUAUCAAGUGUUUUGGCUGCCUCUGCCGCCUCAUUAACUCAUGUAGGCAGUGCACCUGAGAGGGACUGGGCUGCCCUUCAGCAGAAGUACCUCCUUGAACUGUCUCAUCCUGUUCUGGAGGCUGUGAGAGAGCCCAGGCCAGCUUUCCCCUCCCUCGAAGAAGACUCCACUUCCUUUACCCAAGCUUCUGGCAAAGAAACAGAUACUGUCUUGCCAGUUGGUUUUGGGGUAUCCAGCAGUCUGCAUUUCAGCACCUUUCCUCUCCAUUUUUCCAAAAUUAGGCAUUUGAGAGCAGAGAAAGAACAGGACAGUCUGAGCACUGAGAUAGAAGGUACUUCAGAUUUCCUUACAACUAGAGAGAAAGAGGUGAGUCAUAGUGGAACUUACUCAGCAGAUGUAGAAUCAUUGACUUCUGGAACUAUAAAUGCACCAGUCUUUGUAGCCGAGAACAAGGUGGCAAAUUCCAUGACACAAGCACGUGAAGACAAGCAGAACAGUUUGGAAGAGUCUUCGCAGAGUAAUGGGAAGCCUGGACUGAUGACUUCCUCUGAUGAAUGUUUCUUCCUCAAGAGCCCUUGUCACAGUAAUGUCACCAUAGCCACUAAAGAAAACCACUGGCCCCGCGGCUGGGCUCCUCUCAGAAAGAAUAGUGCAGGCCAGGAGGGGCACUUAAGUCACAACAGCUACCUGCCCCUCCAGGAGGAGAAGGUGAACUAUCAGGAGAGCUCCAGGGAAGUGGUUGGAAGGCACACUAGCGUUUCAUUCGCGUCAGGUCCAGAGCCAUACCCCCACUCUGCUGCCUGGAAUCCAUUCCCGUCUUCCUUGAAGCCACCCCCCUUGGAGACAUUCUAUGUGACCAAAAGCCGGGAUGCCCUGACAGAAACUGCCUUAGAGAUUCCGGCUUGCAGAGAAUCAAGAGUGCCUUCCCCACCCCCCAGGGAAGCCUGGGGCUUUGGUCAUGACCACCAGGUUCUCCACAAUGUUUAUGUGAAGAAUAAUUUGCCAGUGCUGUUACAAAACCACAAUUCCAAGAUUCCCUCAUCUCAGCAGGUCACAGCAGGGAGGCCAGUUCAUCUGAACACCAAGGAAGGUAUCAGAAAAAUGGGGGAAUGCCCUGGAAAUACUGAAGAAGAAAGCCAUAAUUCAGUUUAUCUUUUUGUUGGUCAGAACAGACAUUUUCUAUCUACUAGCACAAAAGUAUGUGAAUUUGAAAAUCAAGUUGGAAUUUUAAAUGAACACAGUCUUUCAUCACUUGAGGAAAAAGAAAAGGCCACAAUACAGUCCUCUUGCAAUGUUUCCUCAAACCAUUGUAGGUCUGGGAGGCCUCUCCUUGUUUGUGAGUCUGAGGCAGAUGGGGAAGAAGAGCAGGAUCACCAUGUAGUCCUAAGACAGACCCAGGCGUUUGAUAUGAACAGACAGCUUCCUUCCGGGGCCAGGUCUGAUUUCAUCUAUAAAACCAUCAAUUUAGCCCUUGACAAGGACAUGCUGGGGGAAACUGCUGUUUCUUUGCAGUCUAAAUCAGUAUGUCAUAGAGUAAGAGGCCCAGAGAUGAUGGCCCAAGAUGAGAGUCCAGCUCACAAGGGUGGGGGGAAAGCAGAGGGGAAGAGUGAAUCUGGGCUUCUUGGGAAAUCUCUCCAUUCCAAAGGCUGCUCAAAAGAGUUUAAGCUUCCACAGACAGAGUCUACAUAUGAAAGAUUCCGGUCAGUUAUAAGCUCUCAGGAAAAAAGCCUGAGUGAAUGCAAGGGCUCUGGAAGAUCACAAGAAACAUUAAACCCCAAAGAAGAACCUUCUGGAAGAAAACAGAAUAAAAGAGUUAACAGUGCUGAUGAAAUGGCCAGGCUAAUUAGGAGUGUAAUGAAGCUGGAAAAUGGCAUCUUAGAAAUUGAAUCCAAGCAAAAUAAGCAGCUAUAUGCUCCUCCCACACAGGGAGUCAGUAAGGAGUCUGUGUUCCAGGACCAGCGGGACCGGGAGAUGGCUGACUGUGCCCUGAGGUCAGGCAGCUCUGGAAACCACCUGUCUUUCAAGGAUCAGCCAUCUUCUCCAAAACAGAUAGAUGAUUUUACCUUUAGGGAUAGUGAAGCUGGAGAAAUGGAGGUUAACAAUAGCGUUGGGAAAGGUCCCCAAGUCCGAAAAAUCAUCUUGAGCCCCUUCAAGUUAAGGGAAUGUAUACAAGACAUUAAGUUUGUGACAGAGCACACUCCCCCAGCUGUAUUAGACAGACCAUCCUGGGACACUUGUGAUUGCGUAGGGACAUGUACAGCUGGUAGAGGGUUCGCAGACACUUGCAGUAAUCCAAGAACUGAGGCAUCAGCUAGUGCUCUGCCAUCACAGCCCAGAUUGAAGAUGUCUUCUGAGAAGGAGAGCGAGGCAGGGAAUGCAUCUGCAUGCCCCAGAGGGCAGCCCUGUAGCUUGGGAGGUCUUGAGGAACUGGAAACUGUGAAAGAUUUUCAGGAGAGCCAAGUUGCCAAACAUGUAAGUAGUUCUAAGCAAAAGGGGCCAAAAGCUCAAGGCCGAGUUGAGGAAAUGAUUGUGCGAACAGGAGGGAGCCUACUGGAGGAAGACAAAAUGGUCUCAUGGACUCAGAAAGUUCCUAGCCCAAGCCCACAUUGUGUGAGCACAUCUUUUAGCCAGGAGACUGGCCCAUUGCUGAGCCAGCCAGAUUCCUCUGUGGCUCCUCACAGAGACCUGAGUGGUACCUUGCCUUUGGAUUCUCCAAGGCUACCAAGAAACUAUCUUCACGCAUGUGAUACUGUACACAUUGACAAUGUGCUGGAUCCCACGAUGUUCAAAAUGACUAACAGUCCCUUGGUAACUGGAGCAGGGCGUCAAGACCAGAAUGGAGAGCCCCGAAGCUAUAGCCCUCAGGGAGAUGUUAGAGGGGGCUUUUCCUUGGCACACACUGCUUGGUGUGAGUCUGUGAUAGCUACGGCCAUGGCAUCUCAUGGUCAGUUCCAUGUACCAGAGAGCAUUUCCCUGGGGGCAGAGAGCAGGAGAUCAGCAAGCACUCAAGAUGAAGGAGGGGACCUCAGAAGCAUCAUGAUGGGCUUGAGUCCCAGGGAGAGUUUUGCUUCUGAAGCUGAGGCAGCUGUGCAAAGAGGAUCAGAAAGAGCCAGUCCCCUGAAAAGGGGAUUUAGCCCACUUGAAAAGAAGACCAGCUGCCUCUUAGAAGAGGGUAACAGUCAAGGCCAGCAGGCUAAGCAGAAGGCAGAGAAGGAGGCUAAGGACCUCAGUCCUCCUGGUGGUGCUUUCUCAGCACCUGUGUCCCUGCCGAGGGUGCCUCACCUAGAGCACUGUGCUCAUACAUCUACGGACCUGGCUGUGUUAGAGGAGAUCAGACAAGCAAAGGCCCAGGAAAAGCAACUUCAUGGCUUAGGGGCUGAUGGCAAUGUUCUUCCUUACUAUGUGACUUUAUUAGAACCUGAACAUUCUUCAGGGGCCCGUGGUAGGCCUCAGUGUCCACAAAGGGACCAGUUGGUGUCAGAUAGGACCAGGAAUGAGGAUGAAGCACAAGGAUUUUAUGUGACAUCUCUCUCUGCUGAACCAGGACAUCUGUCGACUGAUGAGGCCACACCCCUCCCUGCAGACAGCUUUCAACAUCUGCCCAACACUGAAACUAAAACAGGGCCACGGCAUCCCUCACAAACUUCCUCCCAUGCAGCCCCUGUUCCAGGUAAAAGCCAUUGUACUGGAGAACGGAGACAUUUUCUGGGAGCUGGUGAACAGUUUGUAUGUCACUGUAGCUCUUCUGAAAUCAUAGAGAAAAAGAAAAAAGCAACCAGAACACCUUCCUCUGCUGAUCCUGUGAGCUCAGACAGUUUUUCUUCCACACUGGUAGUGGACAGGAGGGUAAGGUCAGAGAAAGCAGUGGCUGCCUUAUCUUCUUGGGCCCCUUCUGGUGAUCCUGGCAUGAUUCUGUGUGGGGGAAGCCAGUUAGCUCAAUGGGAGACUGCAGAAGGCACUCGCCCUGGUGGUCAGGAGACCAACCCAGUGCUUCACGAACCUAGAAUUCUAGAUACCACUUGUGGUGGAGGUUCAGGUAAUUUCUCAGUGGCUGCACAGGGAGGAAAAACAACCUAUUCUGAAAGUGGGCUUGUGACCUGUGAUGUUCAGAAUUCUGUCAGCCUCUCAGGACGUACCCAAGACCAUGGCCGGUGCUUUGAGGCUUCUAUUGGCUUAGAGGAAGGGGGGGCAAGUCCCAAACAGGGUACCAUCCUGCCUGGAGCCCCAAGAAGGGUUGAUACAGAAGCUCCUUCACAGCAACAUGUGAAGUGGGAGGAGAGCGAUGACUGUGGGCUGGCAGAAGCCUGCAGCCCAGCAAACAGUGCCAGCAGCAAACAUCCUAGACCAACUCCAUUGCCAGAUCAAAGACCUAGCCCUGAUUCUGAAGUUCAGGAGGAGUCCCAGUGCAGACAUCCACAGGAAACUUUAGACCGUGUCGUCAUCUCAGGGAGCAUGGAAGGCAGCAGGGCUCUUAGUCCACCUAGGGGGCAGGAAGACAGUGGAACAUCGCCUUGCUGGCAUCUUUGCAAUCCUCAACCCAUGGAUUCUCGUGCCUGUGCAUCCCCGUCCUAUACUUUAUCGUGUUACAGAGACGGUGACCUGAGGAAGGGGAGUGCCAAGACUGCCCUACAUACUCUCCAUCCACCCUGCAUAGUAUCUUCCAGAGCCUGUGGAAUGGAUGAGACAGCAGAAAGCUAUUCCAGGGCACCUGAAGUGCUCUGGACUCCUGGCCUUGAGCCCAAAGGCAUUCGUGUAGUAUUUGCACCAGCAGACAUCAGUUCUUGGGAGCCUUCCGCUUCCGCUCCUGUCCUAUCUCUGGCUCAAGAGGGCAGCUCCCCUUCCGCCCCUGAUGUGAUGACAUGUUCCUUGAGCCACUCAGUGGCUGAUGGAAGCUCAAGGUCAGGAGAGGAUCCUGAGAAAAAGGUUGCUGAGAAGAAAGCCAGCCUAGAGCCUGAGGCUACCUUUUCCUCUGCAGACAUGUACUCUGAGCCAGUGAGGGAAUUUCAGGAUAGCUCUGUAGGUGGCCAGAAUGCACAGGACUCUCAAACCAAGCCAGAACCACCUUUAACAACUGGGAGACCAUACACCCUGAAUUUAAGUAAAGGGUCUAUUGAGAGUGAGCUUCUGGGGGAACCUCAGCAUGGAUGUUUAGAAGAUGCCAUCCAGUGCCUUCCAGAAAAACCACAACUUUCCACUCAGUCCAGAGAUCACAGUGGAUUGGAUCCCCAAGCCAAGUUUGUAGCAAAGUUAAAACACAUUUCUAGGCACCAAGCUGACAGUCCCUGGGAUGAGGAAGAGCAGCAGAGACACCAGGCUUCGGGUGGUUGGGAAGAGCCUGCCCAGGGCAGGAGCUCCCAACCUUCCCAUGAAGGUGGGUUGGACAGCUGUCGAAUUACAGAUGCAGGCAGAGAGGAAGCAUCUGUAGCCCAUCUGUCUGUGUCCAAGGUGCUUUCAUCAGGCUUUGAAGACUCAGCCUCCAUGCCUUUGGGGCAGAGUGGAGCCCCAUGGCCCACACCCCAGAGCCCUGGCCUGCCUGCCUCUGGCAGGGAGCAGCCGGCUCCCCAUCAUGGGUGCUCACUUCCUGUGAUUUCAGUCUUUUCUGGCCCCAAACACUCCAGGUCCUCCCCCAGACCACAGUUCUCUGUGGUCAGCUCUUCCCGGUCUCUUCAGGAGCUGAAUUUGAGUGUGGAGCCUCCUUCCCCCACAGAUGAAGAUACACAGGAACCUAACAGAUGGUGGACUCCACAUCUCAGGGGUCAUUUCAAAGGAAAGUCAGCAGCAGGAACAUCUCUGAAAGCUGAGGGCUGCAGUCAGAAAGCCUCAUCUAACUGGGACAUGAGCACUCCUGGUCACCAGCCCCCACAACCUGCCAACCCUCCUUACCCAAAGUCCUCAGAUCUUUCUUUCAUGCCAAUCCCUGACUUCAUGACAGGCUGGACAUCUAGUACCCUGGAAGAGUCCUGGCAGGAAAAUCCAGAGAAGUGGCACUCCAGGGUAGACAAAGGAACGUUACACUUUGGCUCCAGGGACAUCAAUCCCUACAUCCUCUACUCACGUCCACAGGGUCCUGUGCACGUUGGCUGGAAGCAGUAUGUGUUUGGCAGUGCCGCGGAUGUCUCUUGUACCCAGGGCCCAACACCAUCAAACAUGGCCCGUUGUUCAAGCAUGGACGAUGGCCUCGAAGACCAGAACUCUCCUUUCCACUCCCACCUUAGCACCUAUGCCAAUGGCCGGGACCUGGGGAGCACACAGAGCAGCAUUAGAAAUGCCCAAGGUUCACAGGAGGCCUGGGAAGUAUGGGGCUCCUCAUUUGCCUUGGGGAGCCCCCACAUCCUGAACAUCCCUGAAGGAAAAAUCCCCAGUAAGGGUCCUGACAAGAGAGCCCAGACCCUGGGCACUCCUGAUGAAGCAGGCUCUCUGAGGAGUAGGCCCCUGUUGGCAGAAGAAAGUGCUGCAGGUCCAGUAGAUGAGAUUAUGCUUCUGUAUCCAUCAGAGGCAUGUGGCCCUGUGGGGCAGUCCAGGAUGAACACCUUGGAGCAGGGCACACAGACCCUGGGCUGCAGUGUCUGCUGGAGCUCCACUGACAUCUCUGCUCAGCCAGAAACAAGUGCAGUGCCAGGCUCUGGUCUGGUCUCCUGGACUAGCAUGCACAACCUGUCUCUCCACCUCUCACAGCUGCUACACAGCACCUCGGAGCUGUUAGGGAGUUUCUCCCAGCCAAGUGUGGCUGAAAAGGAGCGGAACUUCAAGAGGGAGUCCCCAGAUGAGAUGACCCAGGCCCUAAUGAUGGACUGCUGUACUCAGACCACCAUGGAUGAGGGCAUCCAAACUGAACUGGCCUUACCACCUCUGCACCUUCCAACCCCAGAGGCCAACCCUCAGGAGGUCAAUGUGGUCCUUGAGGUGCUGGGCUCAGAUAUCCCCAUCAUGUCUCAAAAAAAGGGACAUGUCACAGGGACCCUUCAGAAGAGAGUGUCAGAGGAAACUGCAUGGAAAAUGGCAGGGCCCUCAGAAUCUCAGGAAGAAAGCCCCCACUUUAGGCCCCAGAGCUUUCCAGCACCCGCAUACCACUCGAGGCUUCAGAAAGCCCACUUUGGGCAGAACCUCCCUUCUGUGAUCCCUCAGGCUUCCCUUAAUGCCUCCCUGCCUCCCAGCGUCCAGGCAGAGGAGCCCUCCUGCCUGGCUGUCAACAGCCCCAGCCUCAAAGGCUCCCACUCCCCAGGGCCCUGCCCCAGUCCUGCAGAGUCCAUGGGGAAUCCUAAGGUCCAGAAGGAGCUGGGCACUGUGAGUACCUUGUUGGUAGACAGGGCCUCCUCCCCAAUACUCACGCUUAGUGCCAGCACCCAAGGAUUGGGGCUCUCCCCAGAUUCAUUGUCUCUCACAGCCCCCUCAGCUUGUCCUCUUGAAGGCCGCCAGAAUUUUGUCUCCAGUCCAGACCUUUUCCUUGAUUCCCCCAGGCCUCCAGUGGAUAAUUAUUCUCAAAUUGUUAAUGAGUCCGGUGACUCCCAAAGAGUGGGGGCUCCAUGUGGGGACGGUGGAAGUCCCUUAGAAAGGAGUGAUGGCAGUUCGCUCCUGGAGGUGAGGUCCCCGGUCAGUCCACCACAGAGCCCAAAACUCCAAGUCUGUUUCAUAGAGCAGCCCCCUCAGCAGCUUCACCCCAAGACCACCACCUUGGUCCAAAACAGACCACCACCACCCUCACUGAGGAGCCAGAGUCUGAGUCUGGCUGAUGACUUCGUGCCUGAGGACGUGGCUUCCUUGGAGUGUGGCUCGCUGAGCAGUAGGGAGCCAAGUGAAUGGCGGAGCAAGACAGAAAAUGAGGGUGAGCCACAACCCACUCUGGACUUUUCCUCUUCAAGAGGAGGCCUUCAUCACCUCAGACCCUGCCCUGUCUCUGAGUUGACUGCUACUGCAGGGCUCCGGGGUCCCACUUUGAGCCCUACCUGCCAAUCUGAGGUGCUACUGAGCUCCAGUUCCCAGGUAUGCAUGGCUGCUGAGCCCCAGCAUCACGGCCUGAGGGACUCCUCAGUGCAUAACAAAGUCAGUCAUUGGAGCGGGGUUCAGGAUGGCUCUCCUGGGGGGCUAGGUGUGGAGUCACUGGGAACCAGGUGUGAUCUUAGCUCUGGAAAGCAGGGACAGAAGCCCCUACAAUCUCCUGACAACCAGAGCCAGGAUCCUGAGUGGUCCCAGAGGGAGCAGAUCCCCUUGCAGAUUGGGGCCCAGAACCUCUCACUCAGCACAGAGCUCACAGAAGCGAAGUUGCACCACGGCUUUGGGGAGGCCGAUGCUCUGCUGCAGGUGCUGCAAAGUGGGACAGGGGAGGCACUUGCUGCUGAGGAGCCUCUGCAGUCCACCUGGGAGGAGCUCUUUGCCCGGCAAAAACAAACCAUUGAGGCCCUCCGGAGAGAGCGAGCUGAACGACUUCAGAACUUACACCAGACACGGAACCUCAGCCCCCAGAAACAACUGAGCCUCCUGCCCAACAGGGAUCUCCCCACCUGGGACCCCGGCCUACCCAGCAGGCGCCGAGAAUACCUGCAGCAGCUGAGGAAGGAUGUUGUGGAAACUACCAGGAGCCCAGGGUCGGCAUCACGGUCUGCUCACCCUGCCUCAGACAUAGCGCUGAUGCUGCAAGAAUACCAGCGCGCCCGCGAGGAGGCCAAGGUGGAGAUUGCCCGGGCCCGGACCCGGCUGCAGGAGCGGACCGAGCAGGAGAAGCUGAGAAUCCGCCAGCAGAUCAUCUCCCAGCUACUGAGGGAAGAAGAAAAGCUGCACACGCUGGCUGCCUCCAGCUCCCUGUCUACCAGCUCCAAUGGAAGCCUCUCCUCUGGUCUUACCUCUGGCUACAACAGCAGCAACGCCUUAUUGUCGGACCAGCUCCAGUCCCCAGACAGUGUGAGAGAGCAAGCAGGGGAGAGAGAGGAAGAGCAAGAGAAUCUUAAGCAGGCUUCACGCUCAGCUCAGCACAGAGCCCGAGGAGGGGAAUUGAUCCCAUGACCCUGGGAUCAUGACCUGAGCCGAAAUCGAGAGUCAGACGCUCAACUGACAAGGCAUCCAGGCUCCCCGCCCCUCCUAUUUAAAUCUUUGAUUCAUUUUGAAUAUAUAAGGUAUGGAUCCAACUUUAUUCUUUCCAGAUGGCUGUUGAGCUGUCUCUUUAACAUUUGAUUGUUCCUCUAGACAGCUUGCCUGUGCUUCACCAGUUUAGGAUGUCAACUUUUUUUUUUUAAGUUUAUUUAUUUAUUUUGAGAGAGAGAGAGCAUAAGCAGGGGAGGGGCAGAGAGAAAAGGGGAGAGAGAAUCCCAUGCUGGCUCCAUGCUGUCAGCACAGAGCCCGACACAGGGCUCAAUCUCACUAUCAUGAGAUCAUUAUCUGAGAUGAUAUCAAGAGUUGGAUGCUUAACCGACUGAGCCACAUAUGCGCCCCGAAAAGUUCUUUAUAAAGGGGCUAUUUUGAAGAUUAUGAUUCUGACUUUGGAAGAACAACACUGAUUGGCAGUGGAAGGAAUCACAUGUAAAAUUCUUUGCAUAAAAAUUUAUUGACUUAAGAAAAAAAGUUUUUGUAUGGGCAUACAUUUUCCUGUCUUUUGAGUAUAUACCUAGGAGUUGGGUUGAUGGGUCCAUAGAUGGGUGAAACUGUGUUUGACCAUUUGAACAAUCGGCAAACUAUUUUUCACAGAGGCUACACUACUCUAAAGCCCCACCAGCAGUGUGUGAGCACUGAAUUUCCCCCCAUGUUGACCAGCAUCUUUCUUUAUUAUAGUUGUCCUAGUGGAUGUGACAUGGUACCUCACUGUGGUUUUGAUUUGCAUUAUCCUAAUGGUUUUGAGCAUCUUUUCAUGUGUUUACUCUAGCUAUUUAUAUGUUUUCUUCAGAUAGAUGUCUUUUCAGACCUUUUGUCCAUUUUAUAAUUGGAUUAUCUUUUUAUUAAGUUUAAUAAUUUUUUUAUAUAUUGUACAAGUUCUUUAUCAGUUAUAUAUCUGGUUUGUAACAAUUGUGUCCCAUUCUUUGUAUUGUCUUUAUACUUUUUUGGUGAUGUCCUUUGAAGCACAAAUGUUUUGAUGCUGUUUGUUUUAUCUAUUUUUUCCUUUUAUUGCUUACACUCUUGGUUUCAUAUCUAAGAAAUUUUUGCCUAAUCCCCGGUCACAAAGAUUAUGCCUAUAUAGGCAAACAUACCUCCUAUUAUUGUGCUUUGCUUUAUUAUGCUUUGCAGGUAAUGCAUUUUUUUACAAAUUGAAGGUUUGGGCUGUGUAAGGCAAGUCUGUCCGCCAUGUUUCCAACAGCAUUUGCUCACUUUAUGUCUCUGUGUCCCAUUUUGGUAAUUCUUGAAAUAUUUCCAACUUUUUAAUUAAUAUAUUUGUUAUGACCGGUGAUCAAUGAUUAUGACUCAAAUAAUGGUUACAAUAUAAAUCUCAAAUAAUGGUUAGCAUUUUUUAUCAAUAAAGUAUUUUUUUAAAGUUUAUUUAUUUUGAGAGACCAUGAGCAGGGGCGGAGCAGAGAGAGAGGGGGAGAGAGAGAAUCCCAACCAGGUCUGUGCUGUCAGUGCAGAGCCCAACAAGGGGCUCGAUCUCACGACCAUGAGAUCAUGACCUGAGCCGAUAUCAAGAGUUGGAUGCUUAAGUGAGCCACUCAGGCACUCCAGCAAUAAAGUACUUUUAAUUAAGUUAUAUGCAUUGUUUAUUAUUAUUAUUAUUAUUAAUUCUAGAGAGCACAGGCAGGGGAGAGGGGCAGACGGAGAGAAAGAAUCUUUUUUUUAAACAUUUUUAAAAAAUGUUUAUUUUUGAGAGAGAAAGAGACAGAGUGUGAGCAGGGGAGGGGCAGAGAGAGAGGGAGACAGAAUCUUAAGCAGGCUCCAGGCUGUGUGCUGUCAGCACAAAGCCCGAUAUAGGGCUUGAACUCACAGACUGUGAGAUUAUGACCUGAGCUCAAGUUGGAUGCUUAACUGACUGAGCCACCCAGGCACCCCGAGCAAGGGAGAAUCUUAGGCAGGCUCCACUGUCAGCAUGGAGCCUGAUCCAUCCCACAAUUCUGGGAUUGUGUACCCAAGCCAAAAUCAAGAGUCAGAGGCUCAACUGACUGAGCCACCCAGGUGCCAUAUGUAUUGGGGGUUUUUUAAGAUGUAAAGAUAGCACACUCAGUAGAUUAUAAUAUAGUGUAAACAUAACUUUUAUAUGCACUGGGAAACAAAACAAUAAUCUGACUCACUUUAUUCCAGUGAUCUGGAACCAAACCCACAGUAUCUCCAAGGUGUGUCUGUAUUUUCUUUUAAUAGUUGUAUGCUGGGGCGCCUGGGUGGCUCAGUCAGUUAAGUGGCCGACUUUGGCUCAGGUCAUGGUUUCGCGGUCCGUGGGUUCGAGCCCCGUGUCAGACUCUGUGCUGACAGCUCAGAGCCUGGAGCCUGUUUCAGAUUCUGUGUCUCCCUCUCUCUGACCCUCCCCCGUUCAUGCUCUGUCUCAAAAGUAAACGUUAAAAAAAAUUUUUUUUAAUAAAAAAAUAAAAUAGUUGUAUGCUUUUAGUUCCUAGGUGUAGGUCUUUGAUCCAUUUUGAGUUAAUGUUUGUAUUUAGUGAGACAAAAUUAGGAGUUGAAUUUUGUUCUUUUGCAUGUGAAUAUCCACUUGUCCCACCACCAUUUGUUAGUAACUGUUAUUUCUCCCCCAUUGAAUUGUCUUGGUGCCCUUGUCAAAGAUGAAUUGACCAUAGAUGUAUGGAUUUAUUUCUGGACUCUGAAUUUAUGCCAUUGAAUUAUAUGUCCGUCCUUAUGUCAGUACCACUAUUUUGAUUACUGUAGCUUUGUAGUAAGUUUUGAAAUCAGGAGGUGUCCAACUUUAUUCUUUUGCAAGAUUGUUUUGGCUAUUCUGAGUCCCUUGAAUUUCCAUGUGAAUUUAGGGAUGAGCUUAUCAAUUUCUGCAAAGAAGUCAGGUGGGAUUUGGAUUUGGAUUUCAUUGAAUGUUUGUGUCAUUUUGGGGUGUAUUAAACAUCUUAAUAGUAAUGUCUUUUGAUCCAUGAAUGUGAAGUAUCUUUCCAUUUAUUCAGGUCUUCUUUGUUUUCAACACUGUUUUGUAGUUUUCAGAGUAUAAAUUUUGAAUUUGUUUUAUUCAAUUUAUUAAAUAUUUUAUUCCUCUGAUGCUAUUAUAAAUGGAAUUGUUAAUUUCAUUUUCAGUUUGUUAAUUGCUACUCUGUUUAUUUUUGUGUACUGAUCUUGUUUCUUGUACCCUUGCUGAGUUGAUUUUUUUAUUAGCUCUAAUAGUUUUUUAGUAGCUUCCUUAGGACAUUCUGUAUACAAGAUCAUAUCAUCUG